AUGCCCAAGAGCGAAAAUUGGCAGGCAAAGGCACACACUAUAAGUUUGAUCAGCGAUAAUUUCCAAUCGAACAAGUUCAGAAAUCGGCAGCUAGAUACAUACAACGUCACAAGCUGCCUUCAUCUGCCUCUGCUGCAGCAUCCUCCAGCCGAGAUAACAUAUGCAACACCCUCAGCAUGCGCUGCAUCACCCUUCUACGCACCGUCCGCUGCUUCAGCUACACCGUCGCAUUUGGACAAGGAAAACGACACGGAGGAAGAAUUCUGGUAUCCUAGGUUCACGUAUGAUGGAAAAUCGAAAAGUUACUACGACGAGCUGGUAUUGAAGGCUGAACAAUUUUCAAGGUUAGAACAGCACACUGAAGCCCUCCGAAAUUACCUGGACGCACUGGCUGGUUAUCAGGUUUUAUUAUCGCCAACGCAUGACCUGGUCAUCUCAUUGGUGUACAAAGUCGCUCAGCUGCACAUGAAAUUACACGACUCGAAGGCAGCAGAUCGGAUUCUGGAAUCAGCGACUGAAGCUCAUGUACGUGAGCACGGCCUUUGGGAUGAAAGGACAGUACAGCAGAUUAGCCACCUUAUCAAGAUGCUGCAAGGCUGGGCUCGCCAAAACGAAGCAUUGCCCCUCGUUCUGCAUCUGCUCCAAGGCCAGAAACAUGAGUCUUACUCCACUUCGUCUUCGUCGAAUGUCUCUGUCAGCUUCGACGCAGCAGGAAUCCAGCGUCACUUAGCCAUAGCAGACAUGCUCGCCCCAGUCAUGGACGAGAGUACCAAAGCAGGAUUAGUCGCAAUAGCACAACGUUGCGAAGCUCAACCUUUAGACUUUCCACAGCAAACACUGGAUGUCUGGGUUGCACUAAUUCGCACCUACAGGGACGCAGGAGACAACAACCAUGUACAAGACGCCUUAAAUCGUGCGACCGUCUCUGUCGGCACACUCACUGAUCUGCAAGAUGAAGCUUGGACGAAUCCCUUGCUUUUGCCUCUACUGACACUCAUGAAGAUAUUUGUCGGGUACGGCAAGCACGAAUUCGUCGAUGGUGUGCUCCUUGCAAUGGAAGAGCGGGCCGAGUAUACACUCUACAACAGUCCUGACAACAUGAUUGAUCUUUUUCUCCAUAUGGGCAUGCUUUACCAACGAGAAGACAUGUGGGAAGAAGCAGAUCAUUAUUUCCAGCAUGCGCAAGCAGCCAGUGCAAAAGCUUUUGGGUGUACGAAUACUCGGACAAGGACUAUUGAGGAAGCUCGGCGACUGCAGCAUUACGAUCCAAAACUGUUAUCAGGACGACGGGUAUGA